AUGCAAGACUAAGUGUGACAGCCUUAUUUGGAAGAAAAUAAAAAUAUUCCGGACUCUGUUACUUUCUGAGUCAUAGUAAAGAGCGUUCACGCCUCCUCUUAUAGGUUCUUCUUCAUAGAACUGUGUAGUGUUUUUGUCUUUUAGUCUCCACAUUUUGCAGAACUUGGCAUAUAACUUUCCUAUCCAAUCCAAUCUCAUUUGUGAAUGAGACUUCAUUAAGAAGGGCAACCCAGGAACGUGAUGGGACCUCUGCUACUUAAAUUGCUUUUACAAGGUGUUCUACUGUUUGAUACUUUGGCAUGGUAUGUGAGUAUGCCAUCAGAAAUUUAUGGCCUCCAAGGUUCCUGUCUGGUCAUACCAUGUUCUUUCUACUACACAUCAUACCCACCCAAAGACCCACGCAGAGUUGUGUGGUAUCAGUGGGUCUCUAGAGGUUAUCCUUUAGUUUAUGAUCCAUGGCAUCUAAAUGAUGUCAUUGAGAAGUUCAGAUGGAAAACUGAUUUAUAUGGUGACCCAUCAAAUAGGGAUUGCAGUCUGUUAAUUAAAAACCUGGAACUGUCCCACCAUGGAGAGAAAUUAUAUGCAUGGAUUGACCCUGAAAAUGUUGGAUGGCGCACCUACGCAUUUUAUGACGUCACCUCAACUAUUGUUGUUCACACACAGCCACAGCAGCCCAGCAUUUAUAUUUAUGGAGGUGAAAGGACGGGGGACACAGUCACAGUAGCAUGUUCAGCUUUCCACACGUGUCCAUACAGCAAACCAACAAUAACUCUGAACGGUGUAGAAGGAUCUGACGAAAUCAGGGAUGAGUCUAUUAAAAACAGUCUGUGGAAAAUCACUCUGACACGCACAGGUGUCAUAAUCACAGAGCGCUCAACUAUUAAGUGUUCAGUAACACAUUAUGGUGGCAUAACAGUGACAGCUACAAAGGACAAAAGUGCAGAAUGUGCUCAUCAUAAAAUAUCGAUUGAGCCUGGACUGGCAGAUGUCACAGAGGGUGUCGCAAAGAACUUUAACUGUAGUGUCUACCAUUCCUGCCAGAAAGAGGAUCCAACCAUCACAUGGAACUAUGAAAACAUGCAGGUCACAAAGGGGAACAAAAAACCCUCUGGUUUAAAUAAGAUCAGCUAUUCCAACAUAACCUUUCUGGCUGCAAAAGAGGACAAUGGAAAGGAACUGAUUUGCACCGCAACAUUUUCUGGAGCAAACUUUAAAGCAUCUGUUGUUUUACGUGUACACCAGUAUCAAAAACCAGCCAGUCCAACACAGAAUGAAACCUAUUUCCAACACGUGGCAGAUGUGAUACCCAAGAUCACUGCUUUGCCUCGUUCAUGUGUGGUAAUACCGUGUAGUUUCAAGAUGGAGGAGGAAUAUGUCACUCGACUUCGGGUUCUUUGGGUCACCAAAAAAGGUGGCUACAUGUUCCACACCGACCCAGUCGAUGUCUUGGACAAUUUCAAAGGCCGCACGAGGCUCCUUGGAAACCCAGAUGAGCAGAACUGUACUGUGGAGAUGGAUAAUGUGCAAACUAAUGACAACGGACCGUUCUGCGUCCGAGCAGAAAGAGAAAAUGAGAGAUACAGCUUCAACAACAGCUGUGUGUUCAUUAUAAUGCGGGCAUCUCCUGACAAACCUGUGAUGUCAUCCCUCCCUGAAGACAUUGAGCCCGGGACACGAGUCACCAUCAAAUGCUCAGUUAACCACACAUGCUCCUCUCACCCUCCCCAAAUCACCUGGAGCAUCCCAACAGCCCGAGAAACUAUCAGCCACAGUCACAUGGGUGGAGGCGUCUGGGAAACAGUGUCCGCUGUGACCUUUAUUCCAACUGGAUAUGAAGAGAAAGAUGAAAUUGUCUGCACUGCCAACUUUUGGGGCGGUAAAACACAGGAAAACACUGCCUUCCUCAUUAUUAGACUGAGUAAGUACAGACUGAUAGAGUUAAAUCCAAUUUUUAUAUAGAUUUUAUAUAGAUCU